CUCGAACUCGCCAUCAUGUGCAAGGCCGUCAUUUGCUGCCGCGUGUCCCCGCUCCAAAAGGCGCUCGUCGUCAAGCUCAUCAAGAAGAACCAAAAGUCGAUUCUCUUGGCCAUCGGCGACGGCGCCAACGACGUCAGCAUGAUCCAGGCCGCCCACAUUGGCAUCGGCAUCUCCGGCGUCAAGGGCCUGCAAGCCGCGCGCUCCGCCGACAUUGACAUCUUGCAGUUUCGCUUCCUCAAGAAGCUACUCUUGGUUCUCGGGGCCUGGAGCUACCAGUGCCUCUCAAAGCCCAUCCUCUACUCGUUCUACAAGAACAUCGUGCUGUACAUGCAGUUCUAGUUCUCAUUCUUCAACAACUUUUCGGGCCAGAUCGCGUACAAGUCCGAGACCCUGUCCUUGUACAACGUCUUCACCGUCCUCCCGCCACUUGUCAUCGACGUCUUUGACCAGUUCGUCUCAGCCCGCAUCCUCGAUCACCAUCCUCAGCUGUGCAUGCUCGGGCAGCAAAACGCGUUCAUCAUAAAAACCGCGUUUUGGCUCUGGGUCCUCAACACCCUCUAUCGCAGAGAAGCGCACGAAGUCCGAGCAAUGGCUAGAAGAAGCAUAAAGAAGUGUCUCGUCUUAGUGAAGAUUGCAAGGAGCCUGCAAGGCUGAUGUCAGUACUGCCCCGACGCACUCUCGACGCCCUCGCGCCGCCUUCAACCUACGUGACUCGGACACUGCACGAAAGAUUCACUUUUACUUUUGCUCCGCUGAGUCCUCCCCGCUUUCCAGGUUCUUAUAGCGCGGUAUUCCCACUUGGUCGGCUGGCUGGGCAAGGUUCGACGCCCUCGCCUCAUUGCUCUCCCUACGCACACCGGGCAGAGCACCCGCCCUCGCAUCGUCUCCGUCGUCUC